CUUUCUUUCUCAUCUUUCUCGUCCCGGUUCUGUACGGUUGGACGUGUUAUCAUUAUUGUUCAGAGUUAUCAUGAAUUCAUAUUAUCUAGGUGUUGAUGUUGGUACAGGUUCAGCACGAGCCGCUGUAAUAGACGCAGAGGGAUCCUUGGUUGCUUUAGCUGUUGAACCUAUCAUGACAUACAACCCCAAGCAUGAUAUUUUUGAGCAAUCCGCAAACAAUAUAUGGGAAAGCAUUUGUAAAACUGUACGAGAAGCAAUGGCCCAAGCAAAAAUCGCUCCCGAGCAGGUGAAAGGUCUUGGGUUUGACGCUACUUGCUCGCUCGUCGUGUUGGAUAAAAGUGGCGCUCCAUUGUCGGUCGAUCAGGUAUCCGGAUACGACGACCAUAACCUCAACAUUAUCCUUUGGGCAGAUCACCGUGCACUUGAUCAAGCGAACCGCAUCAAUGCAACUCAACACGAUGUUCUCCGUUACGUCGGUAACACCAUUAGCUUGGAAAUGGAGAUUCCAAAGAUUCUUUGGUUGAAGGAGAAUAUGCCACCUGCGAAAUGGGAUGCCAUUGGAUACCUUUUUGAUCUUCCGGACUACCUAACUCACCGUGCGACCGGCAGUUUUGCACGAUCGACAUGCUCACUCACAUGUAAAUGCUCUUACUUGCCCAAAGGCGUUGGUAAAGGCUGGGAUGAAUCCUACUUCAAAGCCAUUGGUCUGGAGUGCUUGAUCAACGACGAACAGCAACGACUCGGCGGGACUGAUGUGGAUAAUCUUCCCAUGGCAGGGGAUUGUAUCGGCAAAUUGACAGCUGAAGCUGCAGCACAGCUCGGAUUGCCGGAGGGAUUGCCAGUGGGAUCGGCAGUCAUCGAUGCAUAUGCUGGAGCUAUUGCAACCUUGGGUGCAACACCAUCACCCGUGGAACGCGACGCUUUGCUGGAAAGGUCCAGUUUGUCAAAGUUGGGUUCAAAUCGUCUUGCCAUCAUUUGCGGUACUUCGAGUUGCCAUAUUGCGAUGUCGCCCGAUCCCAUCUUUGUACCCGGAGUGUGGGGCCCGUAUCGGUCUGUUAUGAUUCCUGACAUGUGGUGCGCUGAAGGCGGUCAAUCUUCGACGGGUCAACUAAUCGAUCACGUUUUGAAAACGCAUCCUGCUCUUGAAGAAGCCCAACGAUUAGCCGACGCCGAGAAUAUGAACAUCUAUGCGUAUCUCAACAGACAUCUGGAGUUGAUGCAGCAAUCGCAUCAAUUCAAACACCUGGAAGAUCUUACUCGUCAAAUGCACAUCUACCCUGAUUUCCAUGGAAACCGGUCUCCACUUGCUGACCCUGGUCUAAAAGGAAUGAUUGUCGGUUUAUCCUUGGAUUCAAGUAUCGACGAUCUAGCAACUAAAUAUCUCGCUACACUUCAAGCUAUUUCAUGUCAAACAAGGCACAUCAUUGAAUGUCUAAAUGAGCGAGGUUAUACGAUCGACACCCUUUGUUUAUCUGGAGGGCUCUGCAAAAACCCUGUUUUUGUGCGCUUACACGCUGAUAUUACUCGUUGUCGCGUAGUGCUACCCGAGUGUAUCGAUGGUGCGGUAGUGAUAGGUGCAGCAUUGUUGGGUGCUAAAGCUUCCGGUGUUUGUGAUAAUCUCUGGGAAGUCAUGGUGCGCAUGGGUCGCGCAGGACGCGAAGUGGAACCGACUACUGAUAAGGAAGUCAUUGCUAUGAACGAAAGACGAUAUCGGGUCUUCCAUGCUAUGUUACAGGAUCAGAAAAACUACGUCGACAUCAUGACGGGUGCGGAUGAAAAAUCAUCAGAUUAAUCCGAUGAUCACAUAAUCGUUGGCCAAGUGAUCAGUGGCAGAGUAUUUUUCUUGACCCUUCAAUCAAUAAAUCACUAAUUCAAGUUACAAAAAAGCUUACAACAUGGGAUGAAGAACAGAAUUGUACAUGUAUCAUUAUCGAAACAUCGUUUUGUCCAACUAAUGAAACGUG